CAAAUGGUUGAUGCCAUUACCAUAUGCGGGGCGGGGUUCAAAGCCCCUAGUGAGAGUGAUUUGAGGGGACCCAUUUUGUCUCAAAUGGUGGAUGAUGUGAAAAAGGAUUUAGAUGAACAACGCCACAUAUGGAGCACUAAAGGUUGCACCAUCAUGACUGAUGGUUGGACGGAUAGGAGAAAUAGAACUCUCCUUAAUUUUCUUGUUUCUUCCGCAGGGGGCACCGUUUUCAUCAAGUCCAUUGAUGCCUCCGCCCAUUGCAAGAAUGCCACCUACCUAUGUGAGCAGAUAGAGGAGGUGAUUGAAGAUGUGGGUGAGGAGAACGUGGUACAGGUGGUGACCGACAAUGCAGCAAAUUAUGUUGCUGCGGGUAGACUAUUGAUGGAGAGGCACCCAUCUAUAGUUUGGACUCCAUGUGCUGCUCAUUGCAUUGACCUCAUGUUGGAGGAUAUUGGAAAAAUCCCAUGGGUCAAAAGAUGUGUAGAAAGGGCAAGAAAUGUCUGCAAAUUUGUAUAUAAUCAUUCAUGGGUGUUGGCCCUUAUGAGACAAUACAUAGAGCAGAAGGAGUUGCAUCGUCCAGGAAUCACAAGAUUUGCCACAAACUUCCUCACAUUGCAGUCCAUGCUUAGGUCUAAGCCUGCCUUGAGACGUAUGAUUGUUGGUGAGGAGUGGUCUUCCUCAUCCUAUGCUACCACCCCUGCAGGGAUAGAGAUGGCAGAUUGCAUUUUUGAUGAGCAAGGCUUUUGGGUCCCUUGUGAUGAGAUAGUGAAGGUAAUUUUUUUAUAAAUUCUACAAUUUAGCUUCAUGUUUUAUAAGUUAUUAUAUGUAUUCUCUUAUUUGCUCAUUUUUCUAAAUUACACAAUAUUUUCAAUUUUGCAGUUUGUUAAGCCCUCGC